AUGUCGAAAGAAAACGAGCAAACCGCUGGUAACGAAGCUGAUAACGAAUUAUCAGCGUUAUUAGAUAGCGCUUUAGACGAUUUUGGAAGUAUUCGUAAUACUGAUGACGAAAUCGACUUAAUGAUGGCGUCAUAUGAUGAAGCAGCUGCAGAAAAGGCUGCGAAAAAUUUCGAUUCCAUUAUAAAAGACAUUAACGAAAGGAUUACACAUGAACAGAAGAAGACUUGUGAUUCAAGAGGAAAUAUUCGCAUGACUGAAGAAGAACGCAAAGCAGCUGAAAAUUUCCAAAAUAUGCUAAAGGUACUCGUAGAAGCUGAAGAAAGUGCCGAAAAAAUGGAAGAUGGAACUGGUGAUGUCGACGUAGCCUCUAUGCGGGAAUUCCGAAAUCGUUUAAAAAAUUUGGCCGAAGGAGAUCCUUCUGAAUUGUUGCAAGAUUCGCAAUUUGAAACGCUGAACAAUUUGAUGCGAUCCUUUUUUGCGAAAGAUAUAAUGUACCACCCUAUCAAAGAACUUCUCGAAAAAUUCCCGAGUUAUCUGGUAGAACAUACAGAACUUGAUAAUACUACUGUUAUGCGUUAUCAAAAACAGAUUGAAAUUCUGAAGAAAAUCUGUAAUGAAUAUGAGAAAGAAGAUUCAAAUGAUGCAGAAAUCAUGCAGACUCGUUUUGAUAAUAUUAGCACUUCCUUAAUGGAAUUAAUGACUUAUGGAUAUCCUCCGGAUGAAUUAAUUGGAGAGGCUCCAGCUGGUUGGAGUUUGGAUCCAAGUACAGGAUUUCCGAAAGUUGAAAAUAUUUCUGAAGCUGCCCAAUCAUGUACAUUAAUGUAA